CAAAGGAUGACAUCAUUCUUUAGAGUGUGGUCACUGGUGUGGGCCUUUUUUACGCUUAUUUGGGCUUUGGCUAGCUUGUCAACGUAUCAUCAAACGGCAAGGAUGACUUGUUGUUUCUGUUUGGACAAGCCUAUCAUUUUACUUCAAAUCUCGGGUGAUUGGGAAAGCCGCAUCUUGUGCACUUUUCCAGACGACACGCGUACAUGUACAAUUUAUUCAGAGGGCGAGGAUAUCGUCGAUCUCGCUGAAGCUCGCUGGAGCUUGGCAGGUUGGCAUGAAGACCUACAGUUUAUGAUAGUUUAUUAUCAUUUGGUCCUAUAACAUAUUCACGUUUAUUUCUGAGGAUGGACCUGCCCCUAUCUACUGAUAUGUAUACCUCAUACUAAAUACAAACUGCCCGGAAGUGAUUUGUGUCAGCAUAGUUUCGUAUGAGCCUCUUCGCUGAGACUUGACCAAGCAUCUCUGCGUUAUACACCGAGCCGUCACUUCUGGUCCUGACGCUUUGAAGAAUUCUUAUUUUUUUUGGUUUUUUGUUUUUGUAUAUCAGCCUUGCCCCAUAAAGUUUGUGGAUCCCCAGAGGAUGUGAGAGCGAGGAAGAAUCUAGAAAGGCCAGUCCGCUAUAAGAGUAGAGACCUUCUGUCAAUCCCCCUCCUUCCGCACCACACUCCCCAUCAAAAAAUAUUUAAUAAUAGUUUACCGUCUGUGGCGAAGGUUGAAAAACUUCCAGCCAUAUAAAAUAUCUCCCUAUCCCAACCUUUGUGGCAAAGGCAGAAAGUCUUCCAUAAACACAUCUUCCCACUUCCACCUCCAUCGUGAACAUGCCAUCCAACGCUACCGAACCUCAUAAUUCGACAAAACUCCCUAUUCCUGAUCUUCCCGAAGUGGGCCACACCGUAGAUUACGAAGACACCCCACGAUCCGAAGGAAGCCGCCGACACUAUGCUGGCAAUCAUCAUCCCGCAGAGGGUGACGGUUUGGUUUUGAGGUUCAAAAGUUUAACACGAGUCUUCUGGGCUGAAUUUUUCGGGACUGCGAUCCUUGCACUAUUCGGCACUGCCGCAAACAACCAGGUGGCUCUUAGUAAUUCGAGCGCAGUUUCAAACGCGCCUGCCGGGACCUACAUCUCAGUCGCGUUCGGAUGGGCUUUAGCUGUGAUGUUGGGCGUAUAUGUGUCAGGGGGAGUUAGCGGCGGGCAUAUAAAUCCCGCAAUCACGCUUGCAAUGGCAAUCUUUCGUGGCUUUCCCUGGAAGAAAGUUCCAAUCUACUGGGCCGCACAAUUGACCGGUUCUGUGACGGGUGCAGCUUUGACUUACUGGAACUACAGGCAUGCGAUCGAUCUAUUCGAAGGUGGUGGUGGUGCGCGAACGAUCGAGAAGACUGGGGGAUUGUUUUUUACCAAUCCGUUGAGUUCCGAUAAUCAAAAUAAUCAAGUACUUCUUUCGAAAUUAAAUUGCCCGCUGACCAACUCUUGCUUGAACAGAUUGCCUUACGUUUCCAACUUCAACUGUUUCUACAACGAGUUCCUGAUGACGGCCCUCCUCAUGAUUUUUGUCGUGGCCGUUGGUGAUGAGGGAAACACAGCCCCUCCAAAGAACAUGGGACCGAUCAUCAUCUUCUGGGUUGUAUUUGGAUUAGCUUCUACUUUAGGAAUGCAGACUUCCUUCUCCUUGAACCCAGCACGUGAUUUAGGUCCCCGACUGGUCACCUGGUUCGCGGGAUACGGAUCACACGUGUGGUCCGUUCGGUCCCACUAUUGGUUUGUUGUGGCUAUCCUUGGACCGGUUUGUGGUGCUAUCGUUGGAGCUUUUAUCUACGAUUUCUUCAUUGCAACCAAUCAGGUUACUUGCACGCUACACGGCAAUAACUCUUUCCCACCAUUUCUGGCGAAGUUCCUCCCCGCCAAGCGCAACCGACAGGAGCAACUUAACGGACUGGAAUCUGGACAAGCCUGAGCUCAACAAAGCUUGCUUCGGUUGGUUUCCAUUUGUCCUCAGCCUACGAAGAAAAAUUCAUUGAAAGAAAUGGUAUCAGUAUUCCAAUUUAGCAACUUCUGUCACAAAAAGAUGACCCAAUUCCUUUUAUCAGUAUCGUCUUGUCGUCGCUCCAUGCUGCUUGUUUUCUUUACUCUUCACAUGAUUUUCCAUCAGUUUCCUCAUUGAAAUGAAUCUCACAACGUCUCUAAAAAUCAGUGGCUGUAAACUCAAUACCCCAGCCUCAGGAGCUAACUGCUUCAAAAUUUGAAAGCCUGUCGGCACCUUUCUACAUUCUAUGCCGAUAAGAAUAUCGAUGAGAAGACAAUACUCACUUUAU